AUGAGCGCUCCCGUGCGCGACCAGCGCUUCCAGAAAGUGCACCAUGACCCGAGAUUCGCUCGCACUUCGAAGCGCAAGAACAAACUGCAGGUUGACCGCCGGUUUGCUGCGGCCCUCACGAACGAGCGAUUCCAGAGCGCGCAGGGAAAGUACGAUAAGUAUGGACGUCGCAUCGAGAAGAGGUGCAAUGAGAUGAAGGAGUUUUAUCGUCUGGAGGAGAAGGAGGUGGAGGGAGAAGAAGAAGAGGAAGAAGAGGAGAAAAACGAGCAGAAGAAUGACAGCGAUACAGACGAUGGAGAGCCGAAGACUGUGUCCACACUGAGAUUUGAUGACGAUCUUGAAGAGUCUGAUCCUAUAGUGGCAGAGAACCACGACAAGCUCUCGCGUCUCAGCUACUUGAAUCGCAUGGCUCGUGGUGAACUUGGCUCUGGCUCGGACAGCUCCGACUCGGACGACAGCAGCGGCGACGAGGUGGAAGCUGAUGUGCAAGAGGAAGAAGAGGAAAUUCCCAUGGGCGAAGAAACUAGACGUUUUGCUGUGCUCAACUGUGACUGGACGCGUAUCCGUGCUGUGGAUUUGUUUGCACUCUGCAACUCGUUUGCACCUGCUACAGGCGCCGUACAGAACGUGACUAUCUAUCCUUCAGACUACGGUCUUCAGAAGCUUAAAGAAGAAGAGCAGCAUGGACCACAGAACCUAUGGGAUCAUGACGUCAACAACCAGUUAAACGAGGAGAAGCAGGAAAAUGACGAUGAUCCGACCGAUGGUGACAACGAGGAGGCGAUUGCUAGUAAGGAUAGAGACGGCGAUUGCGGCGAUGACGAAGAGGAGGGCUAUGACUCCGAUGACCCGCUUGGCAUAAAGAAGAGCGUGACACUAGAAGAUGAGUCGGACGGUUUCGACCGCGAAAAGCUGCGCAAGUAUGAACUGCAGAAGCUGCGGUAUUACUAUGCUAUUGUGACUUGUGAUUCAGUGAAGACGGCUAGCGCAAUCUUCGACCAGUGCGACCAGCUAGAGUACGAGACCUCGUCUAACGUUCUUGACCUCCGCUACGUACCAGAUGACACGACGUUCACCAACACACCCAAAGAGUCGUGUGAGGGCGUGCCUGACCGGUACAAGCCAGCUAUCUUUGCCACGCUAGCGCUCCAGCAAACGGAUGUGAAGCUCACAUGGGAAGAAGAUGAUGAUCAGCGUCUCGAGUUGCUGACACGUCCCGCUGACUGGAAGGAUGCCGAUGAUGAUGACUUUAGGGCGUACCUCGCAUCUGACGUGUCGGACGCAUCGGAAGUUGAGACUGGUAGCGAAGAUAGUGAUGAGGAGAAUGAGGCAAAGAGCAAGACCGAUGUCAGCGAUUUGGACAGCAAGAAGAAGUCGAAGAAGGAGGUCAAAAUAAAAAAGCUGCGGAAUCGUUACCGAUCGAUGCUGCUCGGUAGCGACGCGGAGGAGGACGACGACGGUGAUGUAGUCGAAGGCCAUACGGGGGGAAGCACUGACGACGAAGAUGGAGCUGGUGACGAGGGUGAUAUGGAGAUGUCGUUUACGCCGGGUGCGGGCGAUGUCCUGAAGUCAAAGCGGCAGAGGGAGCUUGAGGCGACCGAGACGCCGUUCGAACGGUACACACGUGAGAAGAAACAGGAGAAAAACCGCAAGUUGCACGAGAAGCGGACACGGCAGAAACAGCUGGAGCGUGAGCAGCGUGAAGUGCUCAAGAAUAAGGGUCGUGGUGCGAAGGAGGUGAACUUGCUGCGCGAGGCUAUCAAUGGUGGUGGCAAGAACAGCGAUUGCGACAGCGGCGAUAGCGACGAGGACGAGCGCAACUUUGACAUGAAGAUGAUUGCCAAGCAAGAGAAGGUCAAGUCUUUGAAGGGUAAGCGCCGCGUCAAGGAGAUGAAGAAGCUGGUGAAGAAACGAGCGAGUGGCGAUUUGCAGGAGGGUUUCGAGUUUGACGCGGCCGACCCGCGUUUCGGUGCGCUCUACGCUAAGGGCUCGCAGUUCCAACUUGAUCCGACGGACCCGAAGUACAAAAAGACAGAGGCCACUCAGGCUAUCUUUAAGGAACGGCGGCAACGUUACGACACGGAUGCCAUUGGGGCCGAGCCUACUGAUUCUGGCGUAAAUGAUGCAAGUUGCGUCAGCGGCAAACACGCGUUGAAUGCUCUGGUCGAAAAUCUCAAGCGGAAGUCACAUCAGCAGCUCAGGAAGAAGGCCAAGAAGCAGAAGAACAGAUCAGCGACGGCGGGAGACAAGAGCUAG